AUGGGCUCUGUGAAUUCCCGAGGCGCCAAGGCAGAAGCUCAGGUGGUGAUGAUGGGCCUCGACUCAGCUGGCAAGACCACACUCCUGUACAAACUGAAGGGUCACCAUUUGGUGGAAACCCUGCCCACCGUUGGUUUCAAUGUGGAGUCUCUCAAAACUCCCGGACAUGUAACUCUGACUCUCUGGGAUGUGGGCGGUCAGGCCCGUCUCAGGGCCAGCUGGAAGGAUUAUCUAGAAGGCAUGGACCUCCUAGUAUUUGUGCUGGAUAGCACAGAUGAAGCCCGCUUGCCAGAGGCAGUUGCUGAACUCACAGAAGUCCUGGGGGACCCACACAUGGCCAGCAUCCCUUUCCUGGUGCUGGCCAAUAAACAGGAGUCUCCCUCUGCUUUGCCACUGCUUGAGAUCAGGGACAGGCUAGGCCUAGAGAGAUUCCAGAACCACUGCUGGGAGCUCCGGGCCUGCAGUGCCCUCACCGGUGAGGGGCUGCCUGAGGCCUUACAGAGCCUGGGGUGUCUCCUGAAAUCCCGCAGCCACUGUGCCUCUAGGUUAGCACAGGUGGGGCAGGGAGUGGGGAGAUCAGGAAGUCUUGACCUGAAAUAG